AUGGAUAGGAAAGAUGCAGCUGUUAUUGUCGAUGACGUAAAGAAACAGUUUGGUAAUUUAAAAGCGGUGAAAGGCGUGACAUUUCACGUGAAACAAGGAGAAUGUUUUGGCCUACUGGGAGUUAAUGGAGCUGGAAAAACGACUACGUUCCAGAUGUUGACAGGAGAAAAUGACAUUAGUGAUGGAGAUGCUUUUGUCAAUGGUUGGAGCGUGAAGAAUGAUUGGAGAAAGGCAGGUGCUAAUAUGGGCUACUGCCCUCAGUUUGAUGCUGUUCUAAAAGAGAUGACUGGCGAAGAGACUUUAUAUAUGUUCGCACGAAUUCGUGGAAUCCCUCGAGAGGAUAUACCUGAAAAGUGCCAGCCUGAAAGUCGAGCAGUUUCAUUAAAGGCCAAUAUUGAUUUGCUAAACUUUGUUAUCGAAAUCCAAGGACUUAAAUCUCAACACUUUGUGAAAAAGAAGAGUUUAAUUCAUCUAUUGUUAAGUGGCGGCAACAAGCGUCGUCUUUCACUUGGAAUAGCUUUGAUAGGAUUACCAUCAGUACUGCUGCUCGAUGAACCCACAACAGGCGUGGAUCCGAAAGCUCGCAGAAUAAUCUGGAAUAUUUUUGCGAGGAUUCAAUCUCUCGGAACGUCGUUAGUGUUGACGUCGCACAGCAUGGACGAAUGUGAAGCAUUAUGUACGGAAUUGGCGAUUAUGGUGUAUGGUGAGUGGAAAAUACUAGUAUUUCUCGAAUUUUCCCGAGACGCUGCCAUGUCAGACGGCCAGUCGUCAUCCAAUUGA